AUGUUUUCGAUAACGCAAAGAUUUCAGCAAACUAGCAACCAGGCGCUGAGUUUUGCCAUUUUCGCAGCGGUUUUCGUAGUGGGUACAUUUUGGGCACAACUAUACAAGGACAACGCGUUUGCAUUGCCAUCAUCGGUAGGGAAUGUCCAACCCCACAUUAAUGUAAGAACAAGCCGAUACUACGGAUCGAUUAAUGGGAAGCCUAAGGAAAACCUGAAGCUCUCGUUUGAUCUAGACGCAGACCUGACACCCCUUUUUAACUGGAACACCAAGCAGGUGUUCGCAUAUGUCACAGCCACUUACAACGGCACCUUGAAACCGAGUGUCAAGAGCGAGGUAGCUUUCUGGGACUCUAUCAUCACCGAUAAGGCUAACGCUCAUAUCACGCUAAGGAACGCAAAGUCCAAGUACUCCAUUUGGGACAUCGAAGAGAAGCUAAGCGAAAGGGACUUGACUUUCAAGCUGCACUGGAACAUUCAACCGUGGGUGGGAACUUUAGUAUAUGGUGAAACUACAGGGGAAACUCUUAUUAAAAUAUCGGACUCCAAAGCUUCCUCAAAAGACUCUAAAAAGCCCAAUAAUCAACAAUCGCAGUAA